CGACAGUCAAUCAGCCCCUUUGCAUGCGUCUUGUGUUCCAUACAUAUACAAUGGCCGCCUUCCAAAGUUAAGGCAACAACAACUAUACUACUCCCUUGCAAGCCUCUCCGUUGACCUCAUAAAAUUCACGCCUUUUGUCCGACCCCUCUAUCUCCGUCAACGAAAGCCUGUCGCUACCGAGUACCAUCCUUUUCAGUCCGCUCCGCAACCUAAACCACAAGCCGAAAAGCAACAAUAAACAACGUUGAGGCGCAAUUUAAUUGUCUGCGGAGCGCUCGGCUCGCGCACAAAACCCACCGUACAUGCCAAAAUCAGUCGGAUGUACUCCGAGUCACUCCUCGGUCAAUAUGCUCGUGCAAGAGAUGGUCCUCGAAAACGACCCGAGUCGGUCACAAGACAUCUAUGAACGACACUUCGCUCCGAUGACCAAGAGCCCCAGAUCAGACGUUUCCUUUCCUCUCUCAGCGCCCCAAAACCGCGCUCCGUCAGUAGCUUCCAUCGCAGACCUGGUUGAACAAGACGGUCAGUCAAUGGGAGUUUUAACAAUCAGAGCAACAGACUCGCCGGCGCCCGCGCCCGAAAGGAUCGCUAAUACUGAAGAGGCGCCCACAAUUACCGGGAUGCAGGAGAAUAAUGAGAGACCACAACUGUCGCUAAAUGACCUUCCGCUGGAAGUGCAGGGGAAAAUCCUCGACUUCAUAUUCGGUGACAUGCACUCUGUGUAUGCUGGGUCAACGUCACUACGAGGAAAGAACGUCUCUUCCUUGAUGCGACAUCCAAGAAGGAAGGCAGUUUCCGACUUCGCUUUGGUCUCACCCACCUGGCGAGACUUGGUUCAGGAACGAAUAUACAGACACAUCAAGAUCAAGGGCACGAGAGCGGGAUUGGCUGAAUCGCAGGAGUUCUUCUAUGAACAUAUGGAUUUGACCAAGUACGUCAGACAUAUCGAGUUCUGGGUGCCAGUCUGGGGCGACAAGGCAUCGUUGGAUCAUCGCACAUUCAAUCCUCUCAAUUCCCUCGGAGCAGACCGGAACGGACACUAUCAUCUCGCGAACCAAACGAAUGAAAGCCUCAUACCUGCCAAUGACUUUUUGGGGUUCAGUUUCAAGCUCUGCGCCUACUCAGCAACCCUGUCCGAAAUAUUCAGUCAUAUCAAUUGCUUCUUUCCAAACUCUCGUGUCUUUACACUCGAGGGAGGACACUGCAAGAAGUCGAACAUGAUUCGGCAUUUUCCGCAAACACUUUUCCCAGAUCCGAAGCAAAGGCUCGAGAAACUGCCUAAUAUCCGCACAUUCGCCAUGCGUGGAGCCUGGAAUAUUAUGCGCAGGUACUCGGAUUGGAAGACGAUUGAAGCAGCCUUACCGAACGUCGAAGAAUGGCAUUGUGGUUACGCAAAGCCGCGUCCUGAGGCGGACGCUACCAUUGACACGAUCCUGAAUCACUUGCCCUUACAACUCCGGCACGUUAAUAUAUCGCUGGAUGGAAUGUACAGCAAAGAUCCGUCCACUCUUGGAUCGAAUUAUAGUCCCGGCCAGCCACAUCUAUGCGAACGCUUUGGCCAUGUCCUGCCGCAGCUGGAGUCUUUGUCUUUCACCGGCAAGAUUUGCGAAUGUCUAUGGACAUCGGCAUUCUCGGCAAUCUCGCGCAGCAGGCAAGAGCCACGACUCAAGGCCUUGGAAAUCGUCGUCAAGUCAUGUUGCAGACAGCGCGUGACAGACACUGACCCGGAGACUGGCGAACCUAUCGUUCACGAACUUGGCGGUGUGAUAGCUGACGGGUCUGGAGUUACCAAUCUGGUCUUCAUCCGUGCAUUUGAACGACUGGUGAUGAAGACUGUUGAGGCAUUGGCUCUCUUCCCGCACUUGGAAUAUGUGCGUAUACGUUUUAUCGAUCUCGACUCACCGUGCACGUUGCUCAAUCCCUACUGGCAACUUGAGAAUGGCAGAGUGUAUGGAAUCUGGAAUGAGGAUAUCGUGGAACGACUGAGCGAAGUACGGUCUGAUGUUAGCUACGAAGAGCUCAGUGAUGGCAUUGAGCCUGCGGGCUGGCAUAAGGCGACGCCGACUUCCCCUGGUGUGACGGGCAUUCGAGACAGAACUCCUGAAAAUAUGCCUUCGAGUCCAACCAGUGUGGGAGGUAUUGGGUCUGGGUGCAGUCUCUAUCCGAAGUGCAAGCCGCGGAGCAUCAAAACAAGCAGUUAUAAGCUCGUAGCGGAGGCGAGAGGCAGUUGACUCGGUGACUAGGAACCGAGCGUUGUGGGGCACGCAGAUGGCGAUGAGGAGGAAAUCUUCAUGGAUAUCGGUAUCGCGGAUGUUUUGAUGGAGUUAUCCUUGCUGGGAUCGGACUGGUAGCUCAGACCCUCUUGUGUCAUGGUUGGUGUCGGUAUGGGUCUAUGCACGGCGCUGUGGACCUCGAAUCGACAGCUUUUGGCGACAUGGAGUUGGACGGAUAUGAAGUCUCAAGGAGUUGUGCUGGUUGGAAAGAUGUGGCUUAUUGCUGUUAAUACGAAGGGAGCUAUGGCGCUUUGUGCAAAUUACCGUCACGGAAAAGUGCUUGAUAUACCUCCAUGCGCCGAUCAUGUAACGGGGCUUGGAACGGAUCUUGUCAGCGAUUCAUGGUGGUCACAGGGGGUGCUGAGUAUUUUGGAUCAGAUCGGAGGUUGCGGCAUAUUGUGGGAGUACCUGAGAAUGGCUCCAGACAUCGUGCUGAGGAAUCACAGCUGUAGCUUAAUCGGACGAAUGCAUGACUUCACUCGUACAAGGGUCAAGGUCUUAAAUUACUUGACAGCAUAGCCAGCCUCGAAUUGACUGGAUCAUCAAACACAUA